AUGUCAACCAACGGUGAUAAUAUUAACAACAACGAUGAUAAACAAACUUUUACAAUGCUUUACUUUGCCUCAGCGCGAGACAUUACAAAAGUAUCUUCUGAAAAAAUUCCAAUUUCGUCCGAUCCCAAUUCCAACUCGGAUUCACUCGAUUCGAAUUCACUUUCGAUCAAUCAACUUACAAACCUUCUACUGACACGGUAUCCAGGACUAAAACCUAUAUUAGAGCAUAGCAUGUAUGCGGUGAAUAUGGUGUACGUAGAGAAAAAUGAGAAUGAAGUGAAGAUUAGACCAGAUGAUGAGGUUGCUAUUAUUCCACCUGUUUCUGGAGGAUAA